AUGGCCAACAGUAAUGACCAGAGGAAGAAACCGCGCUCCUUUCGGGACCCAACCAAUCAAUCACUCACCCUACCCUGCUGCACAGUAUGCCUCAGUCGCGCAUCCCACUACAUCGUCGAAUGCAACGCCUCUCGUACUUGGGAUAACCUCUUUGACACUUUCUCACAAUGCAUCCAGAAAGGACUAUGGGCCAAAGAUGGCCGCCAGCUCUGCACCGCAUGGCAACGCGAUGACAGCUGCUCGAUCACCCAGCAUAACAACGUACAUAUCUGCUCGGGCUGCGGCUCUACCGAGCAUGGAGCCCAGCAAUGUGCUAGAGCGCAGAAGGCUUAA